GAGCACUUUCCCCAAAAUACAUCGGCUGGACGUUCAUACUCACACCUGAGUUCACCCCUACCAGGAAACGAGCCAAGAUGAUAAUCUCGAAUGAUCUGGCAACCUGGCAUGUCAGUACCAACACGGCACCUACAAACAGAAAAGAGUUGUUCAGAAGUAGUGAGUUCUUCCUGCCGAAGCGGACCGCCAGAGGCCCAGCCAGCAAGGCUCCGAGCCACCCGCCCAGCGAGAAGGCAGACACAACCAGGGUCCACACUAGGGUCAACUGUGGGGACUCCAAGCCGAUGCCCCAGCGCUCCACGGCGCCAUCCCCAACAAAGAGGAAGGAGGAUGACAAGAGUAAACAACGAGGUAAGGAGAAGUCAGGAGCCACAAAAGAGGGAGCUGAAAAAGACCGGGGUCGAGAGAAGAACCGCACACGGCGCAGUGCUUCCAGUGGAAGUAGCAGCUCCAGCUCCAGCAGCAGCUCCGGCUCCAGCUCAGGCUCCUCCAGUGGCUCCAGCUCCUCUGCCUCCAGCCACUCCGGCUCAUCCAGCUCCCGCUCCUCUUCCUCCUCCUCUUCCUCCUCACCCAGCCCCAGCCGCCAGCGCCACAACAACAGACGACGAUCACGCUCCAAGUCAAAGUCAGCGAAGAAGGAGGAAAGGGACAGACGACGUCGGAGCCCCACACCCAAACCCACCAAGGUCUACCUGGGCCGGCUGACCAGAAAUGUUAUCAAGGAACACAUCCAGGAGAUCUUCUCCACUUACGGCAAGAUCAAGAUGAUUGAAAUGCCCAUGCACCGCAUCCACCCUCACCUGUCCAAAGGUUACGCCUACGUGGAGUUCGAGACAGCCGAGGAGGCGGAGAAGGCCCUGAAACACAUGGACGGAGGUCAGAUUGACGGGCAGGAGAUCACCGUCACGGCUGUACUGACUCCCACAGUGCGCCCUCCCCCCCGCAGGCUGUCCCCUCCACGCAGGAUGCUUCCUCCACCAAUGUGGCGACGCACUCCGCCUCGGAUGAGGAGAAGGUCUCGGUCUCCACGGAGACGCUCACCAGUGCGUCGCAGGUCACGGUCACCAGGCCGCCGCCGUCACAGGUCACGCUCCAGCUCCAAUUCUUCCGUUAAGGGAAGAAACCCCCUCCUCCUCCUCCUCCUCCUUUGCGUCUCCUCUGGAUCUGGUCCUCCGCUGUGUCUUUUUAGUCAGUGUGAACAAACAUUACGGUUAAUCAGAAACCACAUAAUGAGAGCAUGGAUACCAACAUACAGCAUUACUGUAUUCCUGAGUCAGUUAUUUCUCCCAGUGCUUAAAUUAGUAUGAAAUCAGGUGAGCUGAGUGUGUUCACGUCAGACGCUGUCAUCAGCUGGAAUCACAUGUGAUUCUAGCGUCUGUGUUCUUAUCGCUGAACCAGUAAGUUGACGAAUGUCUUUAAGACGAAAUCCACGUGGUACAGCCAAAAUGUUCACUUUUAAAUUAGAGUUACUGAUUUUAAAUGGUGCUGCUGUUUAUAUAUAUCAGUAUUGCGUUCAACAUUUGUCCGGCAUUAGUUCUUACAGGAAAUCGUAAUUACAAAGGCAGCUACACAAGCGAGUCACGCCAUGUUUAAGUCCCUCUCCAGACACGUUGUAAAGCGUGUGAAAAUACUUCAUGCCGAUAUUUUGUUUAACAUCUGAAAAUGCUGGAAGAUCUACCGUUUCUCUGUCAGUCACUUAAAACUUGGUCUUACUAGAAUAAAGUUUGGAAACUGAUA